AUGACGAUCGUCGACAUACACACCCAUGUUUACCCUCCUAAAUACAUGGACCUCUUGCGUUCGCGAACGACCGUACCAUACGUUCGAACAUUCCCCGAUGCACCAGACUCGGCACGUCUCAUCAUCCUGCCAGGCGAAGAUGACCCUUCAACACCUUCAACCUCACGAGGCCGUCCGAUUGGUUCAGAGUACUACGAGAUCAAGGAGAAGAUAGCCUUCAUGGACCUGCACAAGAUUGACAAGUCAGUCAUCUCAUUGGCAAACCCAUGGCUUGACUUCCUUCCUGCGGAAGAAGCUGGAGACGCAGCGAAGAAGAUCAACGACGAUGUCAACGACCAGUGCUCACAGUACCCCGGCCGAUUGUACUUCUUCGGCACCCUCCCACUCUCCGCAUCGCCCGAAGUCAUAACUGCCGAGAUCGAAAGGCUGAGCACACUCAAGUAUGCACGUGGUGUCAUUAUGGGAACUUCUGGUCUUGGACAAGGUCUAGACGAUGAGAACCUCGACCCUGUCUACGCAGCACUGGAGAAACACCAACAACUUAUAUUCCUCCACCCACACUACGGCCUACCUACAUCUGUCUACGGACCCCGAGCGAGCGAAUACGGACACGUACUACCACUCGCACUCGGCUUCCCCUUGGAGACGACCAUCGCAGUGAGCAGGAUGCUGUUGAGCGGGGUCUGGGAUCGAUUCACAAAGUUGAGCGUACUGUUGGCGCAUUCUGGAGGUACAUUACCGUUCUUGGCUGGCCGUAUCGAGUCUUGCAUCUUGCAUGAUGGGCAUCUGAAGAAGCAUGGCAAGACGCAGAAAAGGAGGGAUGUUUGGGACAUCUUGAAGACGAACAUCUAUCUGGAUGCUGUCAUUUACUCGGAAGUAGGCCUUGGAGCAGCAGUCGCUGCAUCUGGAUCUGAUCGAUUGUUGUUUGGUACUGAUCAUCCGUUCUUCCCGCCACUCGAAGAGGACGCGAAAGAAUGGCAUAGUGUGAAUGCGAACUACGGAGCUAUCUCAAAAGCAUUCUCCACAGACGACAAAAAGGCACAAGAUGUUCUUGGUGGUAACGCAGUGCGAAUAUUGAGAUUAGACUAG